CAUUUUACAGUAAACUGCCAUCAAGAAAAGUCAUCAUCUACAAGCACUCCAUUAAUGAUUAAAGGAUUUUCAUUAGUACUAGUAGUAGUAUAUCGCAUUAAAGAAUUGAAAAAUGAAAAAAAUAAAAAAUUAAAGCAUCAGACAAUGAAACCAUCCAUCCCCCAUUUUUUGAGUUGUUUCCAUUUACUUGCUCACUAGACAAGAGCCACGCCAUUGAAUUCAACCACUUGAAGAAAAAUCAUCAAAUCCUCAAUCCUCGUAGCUUUCCCCACCUGUAUCUUCUCAUCCUCUCUCUUCUCUCUCUUCUUUUUGCUGGUUGAUCUUUACUGAUUUGAAUUAAUCUUGAUGGAGAAAUAUACUAGAUCUAAAUCAACAAGGGAAGGAAGGAUGCAGCAUGGAGAAGAUGGCUACUAUGGAGACGGGGCAGCAUCAGCAGUAGCAGGCCCUCUUAGCAUGCAUGAACUCAGGAGCUAUAGCACUUCUUAUACAUCCUAUAUCCAGCCUCCUCCUCCUCCUCAGCCCCCAGCCUACGCGCAGGAUUUAACUAAGGACGGGAAGAUGAAGAAAAGCAAGAGCAGGGUUGCUUCCAGUUCAAAAAGUUGGAGCUUUAGUGAUCCCGAGUUGCAGAGGAAGAAGAGAGUUGUCAGCUAUAAGGCCUAUGCUGUUGAAGGCAAAAUGAAGGGUUCUUUCAGGAAAAGUUUCAGAUGGAUCAAGGAUGUUGUUCAUGGAUUGUGGUGAUUCAUUCAUUUAUCUUGGCAUUGAUUUUGUCUGUUUUAUCACCCCAAGGAAGAACCGCAAUGAAAAAAAAAAAAGCAAAAAAGAGAUUGUUUUGAUCUUGUUUCCAAUCAUCUUUUUAAUUCUUAAUUAUCUUUUGUUUUUUUUCAUUAUUGUCGUAUAGUAAUGUCUUAGCAUCUGGAAGGAAAAGAACGAGGAAAAAAAAGAUGUCGUUACAUAAUGGGUCUUGUCCUGUGAAGUUGUCCCCAUGGGCCAUGACCGAGUCUCCUCUCCUUCAUAAACAUGAAUACAUUUACUUACUUGAGAAUUAUAUACCAUCCUAUAAAUAUUACUGUCUCAUCUUACGUUUCUCUUGGGCAAA